UCCUUUACCUAACUACGCUCCUAUUUUUUUUCCCUAAACCAAUUAAACAUUUUUAAUAUCCAUUUCUUGAAUAAACCAAACCACUCAGGUUUUACCUAAAUUGGGUUGGAUUCAAUUCAACUUGUUUGGAAUAUUUAAUAUUUUCAGUCAAAUCCUUUAUCUUUGCAGCUGUUUUAGGGAUUUUAUUUUUCCUUGGAAAUUGAAGGUCAUCAAUAUCAUAGGUUACAUGGCAAUAACAUCCUAAGUUUCAUUUAUUUUUUCUUAAAAAAAUCAAAACUUUUUAAGGUUAUCUGAGAUUUUGUGUCAAAUAAGGAAGUGGGUCAUUGAAAAAUAUCUAUUUUUUCCAAUUUUCAUAUUCAUCACAUUAUUCAUCCUUUCUAAUAAAAAUCGAUUUUUUUCUUUAAUUCCUUGGUGGGGUUUGUAUUGUUUUAUGUAUUUGUUGUUAGGAGUUUGUUUAAGGUUUGAAAGUUGAAAGAAUUUUCAAUGGGUCUUGAUGAGAGCAAAAGUAGUGUUGAGGUGUUAGAUUCAGUUCAUGAAGUGAUUGAUGAGAAUUUAAGUAAUUUGGUUGAAGGGGUUGGAGAAGUUGGAACUUCAAGAGAGGUGAGUAAGGAUUUAGGAUCCAAUAAGGAGCUAAAAGAAACGCCUGAGGAAGUUAAGGUUCAGGAAAAGUGCGAUGAAUUGUCCGCAGUUGAUCAAGGAACUAGUUAUAGUUCAAACAAUUUGGUUAAUCAGGGUGUGGUUGAGACAGUGGUUGUAAUAGAUGCUGUUAAUGUUCAGACUGAGGGUAUGAAAUUGGAAGCAAAAGCUGAUGAAUCAGGGCUUAGUUUGGUUUCAAUGAAAGCGCCGAAAGGGGUGUGUGAAACUGAUAAAGAUUCAUGUGUGAUUGAUAUGAAGUGUAGUAGCCACAAAGGAUUUUAUGAGGUUUCACAAGGUGAAAAGAUUUGUAGGAUUUGUCAUCUGACUUUCGGACAGUCAUCGGAUGCAAUAAUUGUUGAAAAUGGUAGUGCUACAAGUGGUGAUUUUAUUCAACUCGGUUGUUCGUGUAAAGAUGAGCUCGGCAUUGCACAUAUUCAUUGUGCUGAAGUGUGGUUCAAGCUCAAGGGAAACAGGUUAUGCGAAAUAUGUGGCGAGACUGCAAAAAAUGUUUCUGUUGUUGCUAAUAAUGGAUUUAUGGAAGGGUGGAAUGAUAGAAGAUUCAUGGACAAUGAAGGUAACUCAUCCCAGCACAGGUUUGGUGGAUGCUGGCGAGGACAGCCAUUUUGUAAUUUCUUGAUGGCGUGCCUGGUAAUAGCUUUCAUUCUGCCAUGGUUUUUUCAUGUAAAUAUGUUCUAGCUUGGGAAUCAAACACUUAUAAUUCUUCCCUUUUCAAUUCUUCAUACCUACUAAUAUAGUGAGUGAAUGAGUGGUUCUUGGCAUACAAAGUGUGUAUGCCCUAAAGAUGUGAAAUUUGCUGCUUGAAUAUAUAGAAGUUACGAGCUAGACAAGCGAUCGCUAAAUUGUUUCUUCCAUUAUUUGGAUUAUGUGUAUAUGAUGGUCUGAAGUAAAUAUUGAUAUAUCUGUUUUUUUUUUUUUUC